GGCGACGGAGAUGUGAACAGAGCCGUGGUCCUUGGGCUUGAUGAUGCGGUUGGUUGGGCUGCAGUUGCAGGGGGGGGGGGGGGGGGGGGGGGGGGAAGAGGGGGGGGAAAGAAGGAUAAGAAGGGGUAAGAGCUUAGUUGUAAAAGAAAAGGGCGAGAAAGAUUGCGAAAAAAAAAGUAAAAAGUUAAAUUUGAAUUCACUAUGUGUAGGUAACUAGCUGCGCAUUACAGAUAUAUAUCACUUUUUUUUCUUCUUCCAA